GACCACUAGUACGAUUAGGUCAUUGCUAACGACGAUUGGAUAAUACCUUCGAUUUAAACGAUAAGUAUGAGUUCGCAUAAAAGAGGAAAAUCAUAACACAAUACACCACUAGAUGGAUUGCUUCUCUUUUACACUUCAGUUCUUGUAAAAUUAUUUAGUUCAAUUUGUAUAUACAUACGUUUCACAAUAUGGCAAAUAAUGGCAACUUCCUUCUACUCUAUUCCCUGUUUUCACAGAAGUGCGUUCGAUACAGAGGUUCUUUUCAUAUUAUAAAUACUGCAAAAGCACAAACAAGAAACAUGCCCUGCCCAUUCUUAACUCGCUUAUCCGCCAAUUAUGUACGUAAUUAUGGGACAUCUGUAAUAAUGAAUUAUCGUCAACAUUGCCCAGUAAUGUCACGCUUAUCUAGUACAUUGGUAGAAAACACGGCUGAAGCACAAAUACCACCUGAACCUGUAAAAAAUCAUUGUCCAUUUCUUUCCAAAGAACCAGAUGCAAUAAAAGAGGCAAGCCUGACAAUGGAGGAAGAUGUUAUUGAUUUUACUACUAAAGAGGAAACUAAUGAGGAAAUUCACUUUCCUUAUCAAAAAUUUUUCCACGAGCAAAUUAUGAAAAAAAAGAAAGAUCAUUCGUACAGGGUCUUUAAAAAAGUUAAUCGCUUGGCUGAGCAAUUCCCAGCAGCAAUGGAAUAUUCCUGGGGAGAGAAACCUAUCACUGUAUGGUGUUCUAAUGAUUAUUUAGGCAUGUCUCGUCAUCCUAAUGUAAUUAAUUCUGUACGAGAAGCUUUGGAUAAAUUUGGUGCAGGCGCAGGUGGAACUCGCAAUAUAUCUGGAAAUUCUAUGGGUCAUGAAAUGCUGGAAAAAAGACUUGCUGCUCUGCAUCAAAAGGAAGCUGGAUUAUUAUUUACUUCAUGUUUCGUAGCCAAUGAUUCGACAUUGUAUACAUUGGCUAAGCUUUUACCAAAUUGUCAUAUAUUUUCUGAUGCUGGUAAUCAUGCUUCUAUGAUACAUGGUAUACGGAACAGUGGUGUACCUAAACACAUUUUUAGGCACAAUGAUGUCAAACAUUUAGAAGAACUUCUAUCUAAAGUAGAUAGAAAUAUACCAAAAAUUGUAGCAUUUGAAACAGUACAUUCAAUGACAGGUGACAUUUGUCCUUUAGAACAAUUAUGUGACGUUGCACAUAAAUACGGUGCUUUAACAUUCGUGGACGAAGUUCAUGCGGUGGGCUUAUAUGGAUAUUUUGGUGCUGGCAUUGGGGAAAGAGAUUGGGUUCUUGAUAAAAUGGAUAUUAUAUCUGGUACUCUUGGAAAAGCUUUUGGUAAUGUAGGUGGCUAUAUCGUUGGUUCUUCCAAACUUAUUGACAUGAUUAGAAGCUAUGCAGCAGGAUUUAUUUUCACAACCUCAUUGCCACCAACUGUUCUAUAUGGAGCUUUAACAUCUGUUGAAAUUUUGGCAUCGGAUGAAGGAAGAUCUUUGAGAGCUAGUCAUCAAAGAAAUGUGGCCUAUAUGAAAUCUAUUCUUACUGCUGCUGGACUUCCUUUAGAAUCUUCUCCUUCUCAUAUUAUUCCAUUAAAAAUAGGCGAUCCAUUAUUAUGUAGUCAAAUAGCUGAUAUGCUAAUACGAGAGAAAGGACAUUAUGUUCAAGCUAUAAAUUAUCCUACAGUUCCAAAAGGUGAAGAAAAAUUAAGAUUAGCACCAACACCAAAGCAUAAAAAAGCAAUGAUAGAUCAGUUUGUACGAGAUACGCUAGAUGUAUUUCAUCGUUUAAAAAUUCCUAAAAUUGAAUCUAAAUCGAAUAAAAUGGCACGUGCAAUAUCAGUUCAUUGACAAAUGUAUAUAUUAAUGUAAUAUAAAGAUUUCUUAUCGUACAAACAAAA